AAAAGAGUUUUAUGUGAAAGACAUUUUCAUUUGAUAUACACUUACAUAGUUGGAUACAAUUACAUAUAAAUAAAUACAUAUACAAAGUAUAGUGACUGCUGAACACUUUCAUAUCAUACUUAUUACAUUCAUACAUAUUUGAAAAAUUAAUCUUUAUUCAUUUUGAAUGAUACCAUAAUCAAUACUUUUGUUGGAAUAUAUACUUAUAGUGGAUAGAUUAUUAUUGAAAUGUCUUUAAUUUUGGAUCUUAAAUAUUUAGUUGGAUUAACUGGUAAAGGGGAUCGUAGAAUUAAAGUUUUAUUUCGAGAGGCUAAAUUGAAUUCAAGAAUUGCUACUGGACAUGAUAGUGUUUAUUUUGGACAACGUAUCAGUUGGCCAGUUAGUCGUUCAUUGGAUGAUAAAGAUGUAUUAAUUUUAAAAGCUUAUCAAAUAAGAAAAGGUUUACCAGAUAGUUUACUAGGAUCCUUGUCAAUCAAUUUAUAUCCACUGACUCGAGAUGUACAUUCAGUGUUUCGAGAAAAUCUUGUGGAUAGUUCAAAUCAUCCAACUGGCAUAUUAUUAUUAUUUGAGUUACGUUAUCAAUCACCUGAUAGUACACAUGGUGAUCUAGAUGAUGAUCUUGCUAAUUAUCCGCUAGCAGAUACAGAUUAUGGACUUGAAGAUGCAGAAUAUGAAAUUCAUCAAGAUCAACCUCCACCUUUUAGUUCAUAUGUUGAGUUAAAUGAUGAUUUCAAUCAAAUAAUAGAUCGAGAACUUGCUCUUGCUGGAGGUGACGAAUGGGAGGUAGAAAGUCAACUAUCUGCACCGGAAAGAAAAGAUCCGCGUAUUAUAUCCAUGCUUGGUCCAACUAUCUACAAAUCAAAUCAGUUCCAGUUAGGAAUCAAUGUAGUUGAAGCUCGAAAAUUAGUUGGAACUAAUAUCAAUCCAAUGAUUACUGUAACCGUUGGAAAAUCUGUACAGAAAACAGUUACUAAAUAUUCAACGAAUUGUCCAUUUUACGAUAAUUAUUUUGCAUUUGAUUUUGCUCGACCUAAAAUAAGUGUACUUACAGAAAUAAUUCGUAUUCGAGUAUUUAAUAUGCGAUCUCAUCCACUAGCCCGUCUGUUACCUGGUAAAUUGAUCGGUGAAUUUAUUACUGAUGUACAGACAGUUUAUAAUGAAAAAGAUCAUGCAGUAUUAAAUAAAUGGGCAGUGAUUAUCGACCCCAAAGAUCCAUGGAAAGGUCCUACGGGCUAUGUUAAACUUGAUAUGCAUGUCAUAGAAGAAGGACACCAAGUUAAAAGAAUUCGAAGAGAGAAACCUGAUCAUGAUGAAAUAAUUGAAAAUCAUUUACUAUUACCACGUUAUACCGGUAUGACACAAAAACGUAUUAUGCUCUCCAUGAAAGUCAGUAUAUAUCAAGCUGAAGAUUUGCCUCCAAUGAAUACAGAAAUAAGCAAUAAAAUCAGAAAAGCAUUUGUUGGAGAAAAUACACCAAAUCUUGAUUCAUACGUGGAAGUUUCUUAUGCUGGACAUACAGCUAGAACUAAAACAGAACGAUAUAAUUAUAAUCCAAUAUGGAAUGAAACAAUUGAAUUUUGUGAUUAUUUUCCAACAUUUACUCGAACUAUUAGAAUUAAUGUUAGAAAUGGUGGAAUAAAAGGUGAACUAAUUGCUACACGUUUAAUUGAUAUACGUGAUAUUAUGUGCCAUAUUACUGGUCGUAAUUUUCCACAUUUUGGACCAUCUUGGAUUAAUCUUUAUGGAACUCCACGAAUCUAUACAUAUGCACAAAUGUUACAGCCAGAAGUAGAAUUAAAUCAAGCACUUGGAGAAGGAGUUGCUUAUCGUGGUCGACUACUUCUAGCUAUACGAUCGAUGGAAGAUGAAGAUGUAGUUCGAAUUGGUACUAGUAAAGUUGUUGCAAGUCCUGUUUCAGAGACUGUAGCGGGGAAAAAAAGUUUAUACUUUUUAUUUGCUUGUUUCUCUGAAGCAAGUGUAAUUGAGAAAAAACUUGGUGUUAAGAAUAAACCAAUCUCUUAUGAAAUCAGUUUCGGAUUAUAUGGUAACCAACUGGAUGGAAAACGAGGUGGAGUUGAAUUACAGACAACAGAACUUGCACAACCAAAUAAUACACGAGAACGAGUAGACUGGUGUUAUUCAACUACAACACCACUGAAUCCAACAACAGAUGAUAAAGAAUACUAUUAUUUAAACUUUGGUAAUAAAAAGCCAUGUUUAUAUUUAACUGGUUAUUAUGAAGAUCAUCGUUCCAGAAUGUGUAUACCUAAUAUUUUAGAGAAAUUAAGUGAAGAAUUGUAUUAUCAAAUACAACGUGUUAAGCAUUUGUUUAUUAGAAGGAAGAUAACUGAAGCUAAAAAUUAUCUACGUACAGUGUUUUUGACAAUGGCCAAAAAAUUCAGUUUAGCUCAAGAAUCAAUUAAAUCAUGUCGUGAUACUGCCAGUACAACAUUACUUGAUCGAGAAUAUUCACGUAGAAUACGUCGUGAUUUAAGAAGAAUGGCUAUGUUAAUGAUCCAUUUAUCAAAACAUAUACACAAAAAUACAUUGGGUGAAAAAAUUAAAGAUGCCAAUGCAUUACAUAAUCGUUUGUGCAAUUUAAGUAAUUGUCCACAAGAUGGUUUACCGGAUGUUUUUAUUUCAAUGAUAUUGGAACAUCAAAGAGUUGGUUUUGUUAGAAUUCCAGCACGAGAUAUAUAUUAUUCAGCUGUAGAUUGUGAAAGAGGCAAAUGGAGUGGACAAAUGGCUACUUUAUACUUACGUAAACAAGGUCGUGAGGGUGCUGGACCUAAAGGAUGGAGAAUUCAAAGUCAAAUACGUGUUUAUUUAUGGCUUGGUUUAAUUAAAGAUUUUACUGCUUACACAUUUGGUUUACCUGGUGGAUAUGAUAAGAAUAUAUUUAAAACACCAAAACCACCAAAUGAAUUAAUUUAUCUAGAAAGUAGUCGUUUUCAGUUCAGAUGUUAUAUAUUCAUAGCACGUGAUCUAAUAGCCUCUGAUUCAUCUGGUAUGUCAGAUCCAAUGGCAAGAGUUCUUAUUGGACCACAUGUUCUUCAAACACAAGCAUUAUAUCAAACUAUGAGUCCAAUGUGGGAUGUUGUCUUAUAUAAACAAGUAACAUUUUAUCAAAAUGCUCAAUCAGUAAAACAAAAUCUUCAAGAGGUUAUUGUAGAAAUAUUUGAUAUUGAUCCAGGAAAUGAUUUAGAAUUUAUGGGACGUUGUUUUUGUGAAGUAAAUGUUACUUUGGAUGGUGAAAAGUAUAAACCACCACGUUUACAAUGGUGGCCAAUAUUUCGAGGACAAACUCCUGGUGGAGAAUUACUAGCUGCUUUUGAUCUAAUUCAGGAUGAUCCUCAAGUGCCAUAUGAAAAUUUACCUACGUUUGAAGAAUUAGCUGCAUACACAAAAGAAUUUGAUGAUCGUGUUAUAUUAAAAAGUAUUCCAGGAAUGUAUUUAGAUGAUGAAGAUGAUUUGAAUAAAGAUUCAGAUGAUGAUGAUGAUGAUAAUGAUAAUGAAUUGGAUACAGUUGAUGAAUUUGAUGAUUUAAUAUUUGAUGCUGAUUCUGUCUUAUUAUUAGAUCGUUCUAAUGAUAUUCAAAUAAAUAAUACAAGAAGAAAACAAAUCAAAAUUGGUAUGGCACCACCAAAACUUGUUUUAGUUAGACGAAAAGGGGAUUAUCGAAUACCAGAUAAUAUUAGACCACCUUUACAACGGUUUAGAAUGGAAGUUAUGUUUUGGAGUGUAUGGGGUAUGGUGCGUCAACAUUUAUUACCAGUGAAAAGACCACGUGUAGUCGUUGAAAUUGGUGGACAUAAAUUAGAAUCUGAAAUCAUCAAUGAUUUAUCUAAAAUGCCACUUUUUGAGACCCCACUGAAAGCAAUGGAUAUUUAUUUACCUGUAGAUGAACGUUAUUGGCCACCUUUAGUUUUUACAUGUUUUGAUAAUCGUAUACUUGGUACAAAGAUCACAAUUGGAAGUCAUACAAUUUCUAAUGCACGUGAUUAUUUAGUGUUUGAUAAUGAUAAUCAAUCAUCCGAUAGUGCAAGUACAAUAUAUAUGGAUAGUGAAUCAGAUAGUCCAAGGAAAUUAAAUUUUAAUUUUGAUAAAACUGAUUAUUUUAAUGAAAAUGAACCAAGUCUAGAAAUGUUAACAAACCCUUCCAUGGCAGCAACACCAGCAACAACAACAAUGGGACCAACUUCAAUGAAAUUAAAUGAUAAUGAUUUAGAAAGUAAAAAAUCAAUGGAAACUGGUUUAUCAUCAGUAGAAUUAUUAGCUGAUAUGAAUCCAAAUUUUCAAAAAUAUAAUUUACAUUAUAAACUUCCAGAUAAUGCUGGUGAUUUAGAUUUAGUAUCUAUGGAUGGUGAUAAUUUUGGUCAAAUUAAUAUUGAUAAAAAGCCAACAGAUGCAUUACCUGGAAAGGCUCAUCUUGUUACAACACACUCUGGACCGACACCUGAACAAUUAGCUACAGCUGACUGGUGGACCCGAUUCUAUGUUACUAUACGAAGUGGUGAAACAAAUUUCGAUGAUUCUCGAUAUAAAGGUGAAGUUAAUCCAUUAACUGAAUCAGAAGAUAGUGAUAUUGAGGAAAAACUAGACAAAAUUGAUGUAAAAUCAGAGAAAGACUCAGAAGAGGAAAUUGAUAUGACAACUGGUACUGGUACAAAAUUAAAUCAUUUAAAUUAUAAAUUAAAAAAGAAAUGUUGGCAACGAAAUCAUAAAGUUGAAAAGAAAAAAUUAACCGCUUUAGAAAAACGUCAAUUGGAGAUUGCAAGACGUAGAGCUAGAAUUGAAAAAAGAAAAAAAAACAAAAAAAAUUUAAAAGCUAAAAUUAAAGCACGAUUUAUCGAUUCAAAAGGAUUAUUUUUAAAAGAAUUUAUUGAUUUAAACUAUGAUGUUGAAACUCAUGAAGAUCAAAGUUGGGUAGAAACAAUACUGGUGUAUCCAGUGGCACUUGAAGAAGUUCCAGAUUUCAACGGUUUUAAUUCACCUUUUCUAAAUCUUCCGUUUUACAAAGGAAAACAAUUGGAAGAUCAUGCAUCUGAAAGUCGUAUUACAGGAUUUUUCAAGGGUAAUUUAGUCAUUUAUCCGGUGAAUGAUGAUGAACCUUUACCAACUGAAAUGUCACAAUUAAAGUUAUAUAAGACAUUGCCAAUUAAAGCAAAGUUCAAAUUAACUGUACGAUUAUAUGUUAUAAGAGCAAUUAAAUUACAUCCAACCGAUCCAAAUGGCAAAUCUGAUCCAUAUUUGAUUGUAUCAUUGGGUAAAUGUGUUAUUAAUGAUCGUGAUGAUUAUAAACCGAAAACAUUAAAUCCGAUAUUUGGAAAAUAUUAUGAAUUUGUAGCACAUUUACCAAUGGAUUCUUUACUUAGUAUACAGAUGAUGGAUCAUGAAAGAGUUGGAGCAGAUACAUUGAUUGGAGAAACACAUAUUGAUAUUGAAAAUCGUUUCCAUAGUGCUCAUCGUGCUACUUGUGGAUUAAUGCCUAAAUAUUAUGCUCAUGGCUAUUGUCAGUGGAAAGACAGUCAACAACCGACGGAAAUACUAGCUAAGCUAUGUGAAAAAUAUGGUAUUGAGCAGCCUGUUUAUAAUAUACUGGAAAAUAAAAUCACCAUAGGCAAUGAGUCGUUUUUUGCUAAUACAGAAAUCCGAAAUGAAACUGGUAUAACAGUUAAAUCAGUAGAACCAUUGGCUUUAGAAGCAUUACAUAAUUGGUCAUUGAUUACAAACAAAGAUUUGAAAUUAGUUAGUGAACAUGUGGAAACACGUUCUUUAAAACAUCCUGAUAAUCCAGGUUUAAUUCAAGGUCGACUACAAAUGUGGAUUGAUAUGUUUGAAAGAGAAGUUGCUGUUCCACCACCGGCUAUAAAUAUUUCACCACGUGUACCAGCUGGAUAUGAAUUACGUGUUAUUGUGUGGAAUACGGCUGAUGUAAAACUCACUGACACUUCAUUAUUCUCUUCUGAAAGAAGUUCUGAUAUUUAUGUUAAAGGAUGGGUAAAAGGUGUUGGAAUUGAUGAUCAAAAAACUGAUGUUCAUUAUAGAUCAUUAUCUGGUGAAGGAAAUUUCAAUUGGCGUUUUAUAUUUCCAUUUGAUUAUAUUAAAGCAGAAGAUAGAAUCAUUUAUCCAAUUAAAGGAACAUUCGAUAUUGAACCACAUAUGAUUAAAGCUAAUUGUGAAUUGACAUUACAAGUAUGGGAUGCUGAUAUUAUUACAAGAGAUAAUUUUAUUGGAUCACUGACAAUGCGUCUUUCAUCCUUGCCACGAUGUGCAAAAACUGCGAAAAGUUGUGGCUUACAUCAAUUAGAACCAGAUUGUCCAAAAUUUUCAAUGUUUAAAAAUAGAACUGCACGUGGUUGGUGGCCAGUUACUGAUGAAGAAGAUGAAGAAAUUGUUGUUCAAGGUAAAGUUGAAUGUCAGUUGGAAAUGUUGAAUAGUGCUGAAGCCGAAAGUAAUCCUGCUGGCUUAGGUCGUGAAGAACCCAAUGGACUGCCAAAACCAGAUCGACCAGAUGCAUCAUUUAUGAAAUUCCUUGGUCCAUUGAAUACUCUUCGUUACUUAGUCAAAUAUCGUUUAAAGUGGAUAUUGAUCAAAAUUUUUGUCAUAUUCUUGGUUUGUUUAAUUGUCUUCUUAUUUCUUUACAGUUUCCCUGGUGCUAUUGUUCAAAAAAUGGUUAAUGGUUAAUUACACACAUAUACACACUUACAGACAUACACAAAUACAUACAAUAUACAACAGUUGAAAAUAAAUGACUUGGAAACUCACUGAUUGAUUUUCCCUUAUUUAGGUAUUAUUGAUUUUUUUCUUAACUGAGACAAACAGUACACAAACAUUAUACAGUAUCUGAUUAUAUAAUAGGCAUGUAUAAAAUAUGACAUUGAUUUAGAUGACAUCUGAGUGAUGCAUAUUUACAGUUCAUAUGACGAAUGACAAUGACUAUGAACUGUAAUGAUAUAUGCAUGAAUCAAUGUUAUUUUAACAUUUUAUUUAAAUACAAACUUUGUAUAAUUAAAAUUUAACGCUUAUUUUCAUUUAUUUACGCCUCUAACCCUCUAAUGGGAGAGAAAAGGUCGACCACAUGCAUUUUCCAGACAACUCUGUCCUCCAUAAUCCUUUCCAGCUGUUUACGGUUAAUAUUCAUUCUUUCCAUAUCUGCUUAGAAUUCCCGACGUAAUGUGUUCUUUCUUAUUCCUCUUCUCAGCUUCCCGUCAUGAUUUCAUGUUGGUGAAUACUUCGUGAUGCAGUUUGAUGGUGUCAACAAUGUAUGUCUUAUCCACCUCCAGAGUCUUUUCUUAAUUUCCUCUUCAAGUGGAAGCCGGUUUGUCCUCUCACACAGUGGGUUGUCGCUGAUAGUAUCAGGUCAAUCAACAUUGAGUAUAUUGUGUAGAUAAUCAUUUAUAAAUACUUGUACAUCUUUGAUUAUGGUUUUGGUGACUUUCCAAGUUUCAUUCCAGUACAGUAGAACUAUCUUGUUUUGCCAACCCUCGCCUUUAAGUCUAAAUAGGAUGCUUCUUGUUCAUCAGUGAUGCUGCUGUCCAAAUAUUUGGAGCAUUCCACAUCUCCCAGAGUUUCCCCAUCAAGUGUGAUUGGGUUGAUGUUCUCCGUGUUGUAUUUGAGUAUCUUGGUUCUUGUCUUAUGUAUGUUGAGGCUUAUUGAUGCAGAGGUUGUUGCUACACUAGUUGUCAUCACCUGCAUUUCUUGGUGUGUGUGUGUGUGUGAUAGAAGAGCUAGGUGAUCUGCGAGGUUCAAAUAGUUUAGUUGCAUCUAACUUGUUCAUUGUAUUGCCGUAGGAAACAACUUUGCUAAAAAAACGCUAACCCGAAUAGACAAAUAAACGAUUUUUAUUUUCAAGUACGGAGAAAUCUUAAAAAAGAUUCAUUCUAUAAUCGUUUGAAUACGAUCAGUCAAUUCAGUCUACUCAGUAAUUAUGUCUAGUUACUAUCCCCUCUUCAAUUACUGUUAAUACUAUUAAUAAAAAUCAUUUCAGGAAUGAUUAAAAGUCGAGGAGCACUGUAUGGUAACUAGUUCAACAUUUUGUGGAUUGCCAAACCCGUUAGUCAGUCAAGCGCAACGUAGAACUUGGUACGUGUGUACAUCGUUUCAAGUUGCCAUGCCGCAUUAGUACAGCGAGAUGAGUAGUAGAGUUAGUAACAGUAUUAGUGAUAAGAUUAGGCAUCGAGGAUGCUAUUCGAGGAAAUAUAAAUUAGCAACAUAAAAAGGAAAUCAUGAAGAAUUUACAAUCGCGCUCGAAUGGUUUUUAUUCCGAAACCCAAUUGAUUAGCGAUGCUCACAUCCCCUUUCAAAGACAGGUUAUUUGACUGCCAUAUCAACGACAAGUAUGUUUAUAUCAAGUUCGAUUUAACAUUACAGAGAAAAAUUCAUCCACAUAUCAAAUACAACAAGUUGACACAAAUUCAGUGAACAAAAAUGUUACACAACACAGUAAAAAUAGGAUUAUUGGGUAUUUCGAACUUUGGUGUCUACAGUGAACACUGAUGAAAGAUGAACAAAAAUAAAUCUAGUAAUUUGACUCAAACUUAAAGUUUAUGGAUAAUACUAGACCAAUGUCUUAUUUAUGACCUCAAACCUCAGGAUUACAGAGAUAGUAAGGGCAACAUGCCCCACUUUCCUGUUUGUUAUAAAGAAAACAAUAUUACACAGAUUGAAAUCAUGAGUCAAUUGAAGUUAAACCACCAUGGAAAACCUGGACGGCCGUUUCGUUCUAGUAUGGGA